AUGAAGCUCUUCCAACGCCAGGGGGAACCUAGACCUCAUCCUUUCGUUGUUAAGCUUUGGCCGAGAGCUGGCAGUAUGGAUACGGCAAAGUGUGGCUUCGGCUGCUCUUCUCGGCGAUAUCGCUCUCUGUGGCGUGGCGUAAUCUUGGACAAGCUCUCCGGCUCGGCGAAGCUAGACUUUGCCCUUGUUCAGCCGCGGGAAGCUCGGCUGCGAGAUGUUUUUGAUCGUUUCUGGCGGAGAAUCCGACCGCCCCCAUGGCAACUCCAGGGAACAAGCUCCAACUUCGACGACAUGCCGGAAAGACGGCAAGGAAUCUGGGCCGACAAGCCAUGUCUGGCCACUAAGCCUUUCUCGAAUGCUUUUCCCGGGGGCCAAGGCUUGCCCAAGUUGGAUGAUGCUAUUGCGUGGUUCCAGGGCGGGCAAGGCGGUUGUGGGAGCACAAGAAACCGCCACUGGUGUUGA